UAUUUUGCUUGAACGUACGGGCUCUACUGAUGAUGUCUACAACGCGGACGAAACUGGCCUGUUCUUCCAAUUGCUGCCGGAACGUUCUUUGACUGUGAGGGGAGAGACUUGUGCCGGAGGGAAGAAGUCUAAAGUCAGACUGACUGCCUUGCUUUGUUGUAAUGCAAGCGGUACCGAUAAGAGGAAGCUGUUCGUCAUAGGGAAAUCAGCGAAGCCACGUUGCUUGAAAAAUGUAAGAUCUCUGCCAUGUCUAUACCGGGGGAACAAACGAGCUUGGAUGACGCGCGAGCUCUUCAGUGAGUGGUUGUUGAAGUUUGACCGACAAAUGAAAGCGGAGAAGAGGAACGUCCUCUUGCUUCUUGAUAACUGCUCCGCUCAUAAUGUUGUGCCACGGAUGACGAACAUUCGAGUCGAAUAUUUCCCCCCGAAUUGUACUUCUAUUCUUCAACCAUUAGAUCUCGGCAUCAUCAGAGCAGUCAAAGCCCGGUAUCGGAAAUCGCUCAUAAGGCUAAUCUUAGUUUCGGAGAACGCUGGGAAAGAUACGAAGGUCGACGUCAGGCAAGCAAUGAAAAUGCUCUCGAACGCAUGGUCUGAGAUCAUCCCGACAACAAUCAGACGGUGUUGGGAGAAGAGUUGUGUUUUCAGCUCAGGCCUGCCGAUUUCUGAUGUGAUCAGCGAUGACCAUUCAAAUGAAGAUUAUGAUCCGACAGACCUCUGGCAGUUAAAUGCACAGCGCCUCGGAAAUGAUCAGAACGUAAAUUUUGACGACUAUGUGACAGCAGAUGACGACGUUCAUGUUUGCGAGGAGCUCUCGGACGCUUGCAUUUUGAAACCGUUCUUGGAGGUUCCUGGAGCCGCGAGUUGUGACUCCAGUGAGAGUGACGAAGAUCCUGACGGAGGAAUCCAGGAAGAGAAUGUGUCGAUUGGCGCAAUGUUAGAGUCGAUGAGCAGGCUGAAGCGGUUCGUGUUCUCUCAUGAUAACGUGCCAGAUCAUAUUUUCAAAAGCAUCUCAGGUAUUGAAAACUUCGUCUUAACUAGUCAGACUAGGAAAAUGGUGCAGACGAAGCUUACGGAUUUCGUCGUAACUUAA